ACUAUCGUUCACCACUCGUUUGUCCGGGUUGCCCAUGACCAAAAGACCCCUCCCCUUUCACUUCAUUUCAGUGAGAGAUCAGAGAAUCAAUCCAUUACGCCCCUCCGCCCCGACCUCCCAUGGCUUCCUUCCACUCCAGUCUCGAAACCCAAGUCCGAUUCAUCCACGGCCGCUCCGAUCUGACCUCCGCCGGCGUCCGCCAUGGCCUCCAUCCAGCCCGUGGGGGCACCUCCCUUGCCGGCCGUGUCCUUAGCCCGAUCCUCGACAAGAUCUUCAAUAACGCCGCCUGGCGGAAGCACUCCAACCUCGUCUCCGCCUGCAAAGCCGCCUUUUACCGCCUCGACGCCGUCACCGAUUCUAAUAACUCUCCCUCCUCUCCCCUUCGCGGCUUCUCCCCGUCCGACGCCGACACCGUCCUCCGCCCCCUCGCCCUCGCCAUCGAUACCGCCUCCACCAAGGUCGCUGAGUCCGCCCUUGACACCGUGCAGAAGCUCUUCUUCCUCGGCCUCAUGGCCCUCAUCCUCGGCGAGAUCGACAACCGAUCCGACGACGACGAGGACCGCCCACUCCACUCCACGUCCAGCGUCGUUGGCUUCAUCUGUGGGUGCGGCGGGCUCAUUUCAUUUUUUGAUCGGGAAAUACCAAAUAAGUUCAGGAGAUGAGAGAAUUAAGGGAGGACGCGAUCGAGCUCACCAUGCUUCGCGUCCUCAUCCCCGUCGUCCGGUCCCCUUCGGCCGUCGUGUUCCGCGGGGAGUGCCUGGACCAGAUCGUUAAGAGCUGCUACAAUGUGUACCUCGGGAGGAGCCAGAACGGGACCAACCAGCUGUGCGCCACGCUGGUUCUGGCUCAGAUCCCGACCACCAUUUAUGCCGGGGUGGAGGAUGACACAAUAGAGGUCAGGGUUCGGACAUUGUUGGUCGCCGUGGAGGUCCACGUUCGGACGGUGCUGGUCGCCGAUUGAUCUCUCCGAUAGGAACUUAAACGAUGCGAGUUUGGUGAAGGCUUCGCAGAAUCACAUCAAUGAGGCGAUGGGAUUAGGGAGGUUGGGCUUUUUCUGUUCAAGAACUUGUGCAAGCUCUCCAUCAAAUUCUCGACACAGGAGAAUCAAGAGGAGCCUCUUGUGCGGAGGGGAAAAGUUUUCUCUUUGGAGUUGCCGAAGAGGGUGGUUGACAUUGCUGGAUCACUUUGGCGAACAAACGAGAUGCAGUUGGGUUGUCAGAAAAUCGUUCAAUUGCAAUAUUUGUGAUGGAUUCAUGGUGAUACUUGGCUAUGAAGUUUCCGGAGCGAGAAGAAUUAGCAAAUUUCGACUUUCAAAAUGAAUUCUUGAGACCUUUUGCAAAACAAUCAAUUCUUCAAAAAUCAAGAGAUCAUUGCUCGAGGAAGGCCAUGCUGUCCGCACCAUCCGGUUUGGGAUGUACCGAAUCAGGAGUUCAAAUCUGAACCGAGCAGUACAACCCCGAACUAAGUUGAACUGUCCAGUUCAGUCCAAUAUCUCUCUCUCUUUUUAAUAAUUGAGAGGGAGGCAGAGAAGGCCUCCUGUGCCUCCGCUGCCUCUCUUCUAUAUUUUUCCAGCUCAAAAAAACUCAAAGAAAGAGGCCUGAUUUUUUGGAUUUCAACGUAGAUCGAAGCCGGAAAGAAAUAAAUAGGUUUUUCUCUUU